CCUUAACCACACUGCUAACCUUAUGCCUAACCCUGACCUUAAAUUAAGACCAAAAAGCAACAACAAAAUCAUGCAUUUUUACGAUAGCCAGACUUUUUGGCUGUGGUAACUAGUGGAAACCCUGAUUCAGAGGAGUAGAACGAAGCGGAUAACGGGGAGAAUGGAGACUGGUGCAACGACAAACGACACAUAGCCUAUGUCUUCACCACGACCUCGCUCAAGAAAUGAUGCACCUCUCAAAUUCCUCGCGCACCGAGGCCUUACACCGAAGUCAGAAGAUAAGGUAAAUGGCUGAAUCGAGUUGGGAGCUACUGUGCCUCUGUCUGGCCGACCAAUGCAGUGUGUAGGGACGGUCGCCCAGCCCGACGAAAACAUGAACGGAGCGGGGGAGCAGGUGGACAUCCUGUCUCCCAACUGCAUGGUAAAGGACCGAUGGAAAGUGCUGAAGAAGAUUGGUGGGGGAGGUUUUGGUGAGAUCUAUGAAGCAUUGGACCUGCUGACCAGGGAGAAUGUGGCUCUGAAGGUAGAGUCAGCCCAGCAGCCUAAACAGGUUCUCAAGAUGGAGGUGGCCGUCCUCAAGAAACUGCAAGGAAAAAAUCAUGUAUGUAAAUUCAUCGGAUGUGGAAGGAACGAGAAGUUUAACUAUGUGGUCAUGCAACUUCAGCAGGGGAGAAACCUAGCAGACCUGAGGAGGAGUCAGCCUCGCGGCACCUUCACCAUGAGCACCACGCUACGCCUGGGCAAACAGAUUCUGGAGUCCAUAGAGGCCAUCCACUCUGUGGGCUUCCUGCACAGAGACAUCAAGCCUUCUAACUUUGCUAUGGGUCGACUCCCCUCCACCUAUAGAAAGUGCUUCAUGUUAGACUUUGGCUUGGCUCGCCAGUACACCAACACUACCGGAGAGGUUCGACCGCCCAGAACUGUGGCGGGAUUUCGGGGAACUGUUCGUUAUGCGUCAGUAAAUGCUCAUAAAAACAAAGAAAUGGGUCGCCAUGACGAUCUAUGGUCGCUAUUUUACAUGUUGGUAGAGUUUGCAGUCGGUCAGUUACCAUGGAGAAAAAUUAAAGAUAAGGAGCAAGUGGGUCAGAUUAAAGAGCGCUACGACCACAGAAUGCUGCUCAAACACAUGCCUUCUGAGUUUUACAUCUUCCUGGAUCAUGUUUUAGGCCUUGACUACUUCACCAAACCAGAUUACCAGUUGCUGAUGUCGGUCUUUGAGAACAGUAUGAAGGAACAUAUCAUCACAGAGAACGAGCCUUUUGAUUGGGAGAAGGGAGGGACGGAUGGAGUGCCUCUGUCCACCAGCACGUCAACGCCCCCUCAACAGAACACACGACAGACUCCCGCCGUGAUCGGGGUGGUGAACGUGACUCUGGUUCCUGGGGAGCUGCCGAGGGAGAACACAGAUGACGUUCUACAAGACGAGCACCUGAGUGACCAGGAGAACGCUCCACCUGCAGUACCCAGCAGGCCUUGCGAGGGGACACCUCCCCAGAUGGAAGCCGAGGCGUGGAACGACACCGACUUAAACCGCAACCAACUCAGGAUCAGCAUCAGCAAGGGGAAGUUGGCUGCGGAGGAAGAGGAGCCUGCUAGAGGGACGUGUCCUGAUGCCCUCGUGGGUGGAGCUCCCCCAGAAAUGACUGGUGCUCAGGUCUGCGCUCUGCGGUACCGGAGGAUCAACAGCCCAGAGUCAGACCGUCUGUCCGCCGCAGACGGGAGACCAGACAUCUACGACAAACGAGGGUCUCGUAUGGACAUCCUGGGAUCCCCGUCCCGCCACGUGCAGUCCUCCCAGCCGGCCCAGAUGCACUCCCUGGAGGGAGGAGGCGGGGACAGGCAGGGUGGCAGUGGUAGACCAGGUCAAGAGGUCUCCGUAGCCUCUGUGGCCGACCCCGAGGCCCACAGUAACGCGUUCAUCCGGUCUGUACCACUCGCCGAGGAGGAAGACUUUGACAGCAAGGAGUGGGUGAUCAUCGACAAGGAGACUGAGCUCCAGGACUUCCUGGGUCUCCUGGGCCCAGGGGCUGAGCUCACCACCUCGGGGCCCACCACCGACGAGGAGCCUGAGGAGCUGAGGCCCCUAGACGAAAUGGAGGAGUGGAGGAGGUUACGGGGAGCUGGAGGUGGAGAGGUGGUGGUGAGGCCAAAGAUGCGAGCAGGAGGCAUUGGGGCGCAGCCAGAAGGGGAGGGGUCUAAUGGGGCCAGUCCUGGGUACCCAGGUUAUCACACUCUGCCUCAUAGCCGUGGACACAGACCACGGCCACAGUCGGAGUACUUUGGAGCUCACGGACAGUUGGAGGAGGAUAGGCCCCACCCCCACCACCCGCACCACUCUUUCCCGAGGCCCAACCAAUUGAGAAGAUUGGCGUCGUACGUGUUCUCGUCCUCUACCCUGGAGACGGAGCAGUAUCCCCAUGGUAACUUGGAAGCUGGGGCGUUGAUCCAGAGAAGCCGCUCUGCCGAGAGCAGCCCCGCCCGUCUCCCCUCGCGGCGCCACAUGCCCCUGGUACCCGGCAGCCCCGGGGGGUCGCGACCACGACACUCCGUCCUCAACCUGUCCCGACUCCAGAUACAACAGAUGCUGGCUAAACUAAUGAACAAGACGGCCCUGGAGCAGAUCAGCCCAUACCAGGGUGGCAGUGGGGAGGACCUCAACUUCCAGAGUGUAGAGAGAGAGAGGCCUAAACUACCCACGCUGGCCCAGCAUCGCUUUCGACGGGUGGACUUCCUCUCUGCCAUGCUCACCGGCGCCGCCACCCUUCCACCACUCCAAACCUCCUUUGAGGUUGAUUCCAGAACAUGUGUUGAGCAGGAUCAGGAUGGGAAUGUGGAUGCGGCUGAGGUCGGGGCUGAGGUCGGGGCUGGGGCUGAGGUCGGGGCUGGGGCUGGGGCAGUGUCCAGCGGUGAUGGGAGCCCCAAGAGCAGCGAGCACAGCCAAGAGGGUGAUGAUGGAGCUCCCUCUACUCUCCUUGCAGACGAGCCUCCUCGGGAAUACCCUCGCCGGGCCUCUUCAGGAGUGGGGUUUGGUGGUGAUCCGGACCUGGAGCUGGAGGAAGGCUCCAAGACCCUGGUGCUCUUCUCCCCUGGAGACGUGAGGAGGUCCCUUGCCGUGGUGGGUGAUCUGCCCCCGGACGAUGCCGGGAGUCACCAGGGGACGCUGGCAGCCAUCACACCCCAGUGCGAGAGAGCUCUGGGACCUCUGGGAAGCCUGCUGGACGUGUCUGAGCCAGGUACUUUGUUCUCGCAGUUGAAGUCCGAGGCCAAACCGCCUUCGACGGCCAUCUCCGCCAUCCUGGUCAAUGUGGCGCCCAAUGUUGUUACUCCCACCAGCACCUCCCCUCCUUUCACCAAAGUAGAGCGGACAUUCGUACACAUUGCCGAGACUACCCACCAUAAUGUGAUGAGCUCCUCAGGGACUCUGCAGCUCAGGCUGCUACUCCCUGGACUGGUUGAGGAGCCCACAGACGAACAGGAGAACCACUCGGAGGAAGAGAAAGAGCAGGAUGUCUUGGAUGGAGAGAAAGAGAGGAGCAGGGAGAGCAGAUCCGAUGUUGACCGUUCAGACUUUGAGAAGGAGAGGGAAAGUGGAUCUGAGGGCAAGGUUCCAAACAGAGACAGUGAAGAGGGGAGGGAGAGUGGAUCUGAGGGCGAGGUUCCAAGCAGAGACAGUGAAGAGGGGAGGGAGAGUGGAUCUGAGGGCAAGGUUCCAAACAGAGACAGUGAAGAGGGGAGGGAGAGUGGAUCUGAGGGCAAGGUUCCAAAUGGAGACAGUGAAGAGGCGAGGGAGAGUGGAUCUGAGGGCAAGGUUCCAAACAGAGACCGUGAAGAGGGGAGGGAGAGUGGAUCUGAGGGCAAGGUUCCAAACAGAGACCGUGAAGAGGGGAGGGAGAGUGGAUCUGAGGGCAAGGUUCCAAACAGAGACAGUGAAGAGGGGAGGGAGAGUGGGUCUGAAGGGGAGUUCCAAAAGACAUACGACGUACAGAGGAGGGAGAGUGGAUCAGAAAGCAAUGUCUUUGAGAAAGACGAGGAAGGGGACGAAGUGAGCAGGUUUGAGGAGGAGGAAGAGGAGAAGAGAGAGAGUAGGUCCAAGGAGGAAGAUCCCGAGAGAGAAAUCCCAGGUUCCCCAGAGAGAGACAACAGGGCUAAGGAGGAGGAAAAGGAUGUUGCAAAGAAAGAGGUUGAGGAGUUAAUCCCCCCAGAAAAAGAGAUGGAAGAAGAGCCAGAACUUGGGGACGAAGCCCAGCCAGCGAUCCAGUCAAACCUCUCCUCUCCCAUUCUUGGUGCCCCAGAAGAACCUGAAGCCCAGGAUAUCCUGGCCAUUUCAAUAGAAACCAAGUUAGAGUCUGAAACAGAGGACACCCCUAUUGUCGUUUCGCCUGAGAUGGAGCCUGCCCAAGACGUGAUGUUAGCAGAGAAGGAGAGCCAGAUCCAUCUCGAACAAAACAAUGAGGCUUCUCCACAGGAGGAACCCAAGGGCCCUGGUGAUCCAGAAAAAUUGGCAGAGGCCAGCAAACAGACCAGGCCUCAGAAAAUGAGCCGAAUCCCGGUUCUCUCUCGGUCUGAGGAGGACACCAGCUCGGACCAGGACCAGUCGGCGGCGUCCCAGUCAUUCAAGUCUCGUCAGAGGGCCAAGCGACCUCACCUAGCCCGGAUGGUCAUGGAAAGGAGGCAAGGUCGCAUGCUAAGACUGGCUUCUGUUUCCUCUGCGUCCUCUGCGGAUGAUGGCUGUAAAGUUCCAGCAGAGAUCCAGUCAGAGGAAGACACCCAUGAUGAGGACAACUAUCUGCCCAGGAAGGAGAGGGGAAUUUGGGGGGAGAGGAGUGAGGGGCGUCAAAGGAGCAGAAUACCCCGUCCUGUCACGGCUGUUAAGCUACAGGGAUCCUCUGUUACACCAUUUCAUGCUGUCUCCCAAACUGGCCCCAGUGCUAAUCUCCCCAAACCCCAACUUUCAACUAUAUAUGCUAGGCAUCAAUCUCACAAAACUAGGACCCCAAGAAUAAAUGUUCCACUGCACCAGAGGUCCCAGACUCUGCAGUCCCGACCCGGACCCGGGACCAACUCCUCCUUCUUAUUCUCCACCCCCCAGACCCCCCUGCGUGGGGUCAUCUCCCGAACCCCUCUCUCUGCAUGCCCCUCCCCCCGUAGCCUCAGCACCUCCCCAUGUUGCUACUCCACUUCCCGGACCGACAGCCCCUCCCCUCAGCGCCCACGCCGGGGGGCUGCAGUUACAGAAGUCCGGAGGCAGCUCAUAUCCGUGCGGGCGCAGACUGCACUUCCGCUAAAACCCAGACCGCCUCAAACCGAUGAUUCCUCAGCCCCUGGGACGCCCAGGAGGCGAGGCAAACUUUACCCGUUGUCAUCUACAUCCACACCCACCAAGGGGAAGUCAGAUGCUUCUGAGAGCAAGACAACCACCAGAUAAUAUAGCCUAGCUUAGUGUAUCAGGGCUAUCUAUCCACCAGACCAUCCACACUGCACUUCACACACCCCUUUAUCUACUGUAUGUCAGAGUAACUCCACGACCUCAAACGUGUUUGUGCAAAAACACUGUUUCAACUCUCAGCUUAAGAUAACAAAGAGGGGUCUGCUUCUAAUCACAGUUAAGGCCAAGAACAAAACCAGUAAUAGAGAGCACCAGACAGCAGUGAGUCCCCCAAUGCCACAGACUAGGGAAGUGGGUGUGACCCCCAAUGCCACAGACUAGGGAAGUGGGUGAGACACCCAAAGCCACAGACUAGGGAAGUGGGUGAGACCCCCAAUGCCACAGACUAGGGAAGUGGGUGAGACACCCAAUGCCACAGACUAGGGAAGUGGGUGAGACACCCAAUGCCACAGACUAGGGAAGUGGGUGAGACUCCCAAUGCCACAGACUAGGGAAGUGGGUGUGACCAUGGGUGUGACCCCCGAAUGCCACAGACUAGGGAAGUGGGUGAGACUCCCAAUGCCACAGACUAGGGAAGUGGGUGUGACCCCUCAAUGCCACAUACUAGGGAAGUGGGCGAGCCCCCAAUGCCACAGACUAGGGAAGUGGGUGUGACCAUGGUUGUGACCCCCAAUGCCACAGACUAGGGAAGUGGGUGAGACA